AUGUGGAGACGAACCUACCUACUGUUACUGCUGAUCCGUGUUUACUUCGCGCUCUCGCCCAGCUAUCUACAUCCCGAUGAGCAUUUCCAAGGCCCGGAGGUUUUUGCCGGUCGCAUUUUCGGAUACCCCUCCAAACUCACAUGGGAAUUCACUACCGAUUUUCCUAUUCGCAGCGUCUUUCCAUUAUGGCCAAUCUACGAUGUUCCCAUGAGCCUGCUGAAAUGGUUCUACAUGGAGAUCGGGGCGGGCAGCCCGCCACCACAACUGGUGUAUUAUGCGCUGCGAGGUGGAAUGUUCCUGCUGAGCUUUGUGCUGGAGGAUUGGGCGAUCUAUGAGUUGGUGCCUUCUCCGCGGCACCGGCGCGCUGCAGUUGUCCUGGUGGCCUCGUCCUAUGUCACCUGGACAUAUCAGACGCACACAUUCUCCAACUCUUUAGAGACCCUGUUGGUGACCUGGGGCCUGGUGCUGAUUCGUCGCAUCGUUGAGAACAAGCAUACCUCUUUCUUUUCCUACGCCGUCCUCUCCUUCAUCGCGGUGGUCGGUGUCUUUAACCGCAUCACCUUUCCUGCUUUUCUUCUCUUCCCGGGCCUACAAUUGCUGCCCUACUUCCAGCGCAAGCCAACGUCCUUGGCGGUCUUCGUCGGCUUCGGGCUUCUCUUCACCUCGAUAGGUAUCUUCAUUGAUACAUCCUUCUACCGACCUACGGCUUCAUUCUUGGAAAUUGUGCGCCAUCCAAUUAUCACCCCUCUUAAUAACAUUCUCUACAACUCCGACUCCUCGAACCUGGCACUACAUGGCCUUCACCCGCACCACCAACACUUCGUUGCCAACCUCUUCCAGCUCCUCGGCCCCGCAUACAUCGCUAUGAUCCUUUCACUAUUCAGCUGGCCGAUCGUGCCACCAUGGAUGCGUAAUACGCGUGCCCUCUCUGCGGUCUCCGCGACUGUCCUACUCUCCAUCUUCCCGCACCAGGAGCCACGCUUCCUGAUUCCCUGCGUGCCCCUCCUUCUUAGCUGCGUUCGUAUGCAUCGCUCACGGAUAUUUCUGGCUGUGUGGAUUAUAUUCAAUGCAGUCAUGGGCUUCUUAAUGGGUGUGUACCACCAAGGCGGUGUUGUCCCAGCCCAACUUGCCAUGCGGUCCAUUGUCGAAAACAACGCAGCGGCCCAGGGCAUCAAGUCUCACCCAGACGCCACUGUCUUCUGGUGGAAGACCUACUCCCCGCCACACUGGCUCCUUGGUGCUCAACAGGGAAACCACACCGGCCAAAUUGACACCCUGGAUCUAAUGGGUAUCCCGGGUCUAGAAAUGAUCCAACAGCUCGAAACAGCUGUUCCUAGCUGCCCAAAUUCCUCCCCAGUAUAUCUAGUCGCUCCUUCCUCCGCGACAUUCCUCGAUCAAUACUCCUCCCCUUCGUCUCUCUCCGCCCCCCACUCACCCAACCUCCAACUUUACCGCCUGUGGUCAUACAGCCAACACCUAAACCUAGACGACCUCGACUUUGGCGAUGACGGUGUCCUCGAGACACUGAACAGGGUCAUCGGCCGCCGCGGGCUGGGCGUUUGGUCCGUUCGUCGAGCUUGCAAAUAA